AUGUCCGCCAAUCUGGAUUCCCCGCCUGCCAUCCAGCUGAACGGCACUACCGAGCCCACCACCAUGAACCCCCAAGCCCCAGUUCAGGAGUUCAGCCAGCAAUCGUUGCGGCCGGCCGUGCCCAUGCGCAACGACACCAGCUACUCCAAGUUCUCCACCGUCUCGGUGCCGCCCGAGGGCUCCAUCUUGACGGGAAAGCAAGAACACUAUCUCAAGCGCGAACUCAUCUCCCAGCAAACCAAAUUCGAAAUCGCCGAGCUCUCCUCCCCUACUGCUUUGAGGCGCUUUGGCGCGCCCUUUCGCUCAGAUGCCGGCGAAGUUGCGCCAGAAGACUCGGAGCUGCCCCUCCUCCGCUACAUAUUCGUCAACCAUGUCCGGAACUUUCCAUUCCUGGACAAGGCCAAAGAGAAGGAGUUCUGGCAGGACAAACUCCAAGUUUUCCUCGAAUCCUUUGCAAGCAAAGACAUUUCAUCUUCUGAAGACCGGCUGGAGGAGACCAAGAGACGGAAGCUGGCCCUGAAGGCUGAGAAGCUGGUAGAGCUCAUGAUGGUCUCUGGAAUCCCGACUGCAUCCGGCUACGAAGAGAGGAUACGCUUUGCCGAAAUGGAAAUUGUAGACCGACAAGCAGACGAAAAGGGUCUCACCAUGAAUGCACCGAGCGGACACUUCAUCAAUGGCUGGGACAUCAACGUGGCAGGCGAGUACAUCAUACGAGUCAAACAAGCCGGAGGCCAGGACAUUUACAUUGGCCGCCGAUAUGCAGACUUUGUGCAGCUACACAAGCGAAUACGCCUUGAGCUUCCAGGCAAAGUCCUCGCUCCGCUACCGCGAAAAAACGCAAAAGAUAGCCUUCUGCAACCAGGUGCUGAUGACGACGACGCUAGCUCCAUCUCUUCAAAUUCCACACAAGGACCCCCUCCUCCUGACUCUGCCGAAAGUAACGGUGGCGGUGGACUUCGUAGCUACAUCUUCGGCGGUGGACACAAGAAGAACAAAUCGCAAACAUCACUUGGAGACCGUUCUCCGAGGCCUUCAGCCGACUAUUCAUCAUAUAAACCACCUCGGAAGCUGUACCGAGAAGAGCAGCGUGUUUCUCUUCGCGCUUUCCUGCGGUCGUUUCUGCAUAAUGACCGCAUUGCCCGGUCCAACGCCAUGGCAGAAUUCCUGACCCACGAUCCUAUAGAGGUGAACGAGGAAGAAAUGGAAGACAUCCAGCGACGAGAAGAAAUGGACAGGAAGCGAAUCGAAGAGCAAAAGCAGUUCUACGAAGUUGCGCGGAAGCGAGCUGCGGAGCUCGACAUUCACAUGGAGAAGUUUAGAAGAGAAAUAGUAGAGAGCAACGGGCUAUCCCACCUGUUCGAAGAAGUCAGAGUCAAAAACAGCAUCAGCGAACUCAAGCCAGAGUAUCAAAAGUUUGCCGAGUGGCUGCGGAUAGAAGUCGCUGCAACCAUCUACCAUUUAUUCUUAGCCGAAGACAACUCACCAGAGCUUUUCGCGCAGGCGAAGCGUAUACACUCGCUCGUGCCAUACAGCGUCCUCAAGAACGUCAUCAGGAUAGCGAACCCUGCAGCAGUCAUGAGUGGAGUUCUCGAUCUUUUCCUCGCACAACCGUUCGGUGCCCGGUCGCUACUUCAACGCAUAUUCGGCAUGGCCAUCAACGACGGUGUUACCUCUGUGGGGAAGACGAUUGAGACGCUCGGAUCUACUAGGAUUAAGGACGAGGUGCUCUGCAACAAGAUCAAAGCAUAUGUACAGGCGGAUGAGGCUGUCAAGGACGUGAUACGCGAGGAAGCUGCCCGUGACAACGUAGAUGUGGUGGUGACCAUAUUGCGAUCAGAGUUCUUUGAACCGGAACUGACACCGCAACAAGUCGAGAAGGUGUUUAAUGCCUAUGUAGCGUGGAACAACGCCGUCGAAAAUGUGAGAUCAAGACGCCUCAGCCGGACAACGAGCAACCGCAGCACUACCAGCCUAGCAACUAACGCGGCCAACCAGGUCGAAAAGGAAAUGCGGUCAGGCGCUGAGCUCUUCGCACAUUUGAAGCAAUACCUGAAGCUCUGUCUCCGACAAAGAGAUAAGCUCAUGAUGCUCCAAAUCAUCGAAGAGCAGCCAACAACUCUCCAACUCUUCAGGGACCUGUUCACAAUCUUCUACGAGCCUCUUGUGCGCGUUUACAAGUCCGCAAACGUAUACAACAGUAUCACCGACUUUGCCCUCUUCGCCGACGACACCAUCAAAACGAUCGAAGCUUGCCAACGACAGGAAGUCUCAGCAGAUCCCAACCAAACCGUACAAGCCUUUAUUGAUUUGUGCGCACGCCAUGAGGGCAACUUCUACAAGUUUGUUCACGAAGUACACAAGCACGACAACGGCCUUUUCGGCCAGCUGAUGGGCUGGCUUGAGGGUAUUCUGGAUUUCCUCCGUCAUGGACCCGGUAGCGGCGGUAAGCUAGACAUGAAUGCGUUGUUCCAGGGUGGCAUGGAUGCGGGCAUAAUCGACAAAGAAAAGGCUGUUCAAGAGAUCAAUAGCCUGAUCAAGUGGCAAAUGGCAAGAAAGAAGUGGCAUCAAGAUAAGACGAGGCAGAAGAUGGCUAGUGGUGAUGAGCCCGAUGCACUCAUGGGUGGUAUCGCUGGGUUCAAGUCGAGUGACUUUGGUCUCAAUCCGAUGGAUCUUCAGGAUCUGGAACUAGACGCUGAUGGCAGCGACUCGGAGAACUCGGAAGACAUGGACGACGCAGACAUUGCUGACCCCAUUGAAGCAGAGCGCAAGAGUAGAGCUCGUGCCGCUGAGAAGCUGCGGAGAAAGGCAGGCGAACCAAAGAAGCCGGAUAUUGUCGAGCUGAACAAGCUUAGCGAGGGGUUCAACAGCAUGCUUAGGAACGUGCUUGCAUCGUAGGCUGUUCAUUGAUUAUACCGGAAGGACGGAGAUUUUGUACGGCGGUGACUCGUAUCAAACCUAUAGAGCAUCCUAGUUGUCUUCGCAACCUCAAUGAUAUUAUCGAACCUACCUG